AGCAAAAGCAAAACAACGAGAGACAUUGCACCGCCAUUUGAAGGGAAGGGACGAUGUACAAGUCGAGGCUGCAGGAGCUCUGCCAGCAGAGGAAAUGGCGGUUGCCGGAGUACAACACCACCAAGGUUGGCCUCGAUCAUAUCCCUUGCUUCUCCGCCACCGUUACAAUCAAUGGCUUCGACUUCCACACUGUGGAUACCUUUAGGUCCUCCAAAGAAGCCCAAAACGACGCCGCUAAACACGCCUUCGACCACCUCUCUGAUCAUCCGCAACCCAAACCCAGGAAUCCCAUUCCCGUCCCUUCCUCUUUCCCUCAACCUUGUCUUCCCUCUUCCUCCUCCACUUCCUUUUGCUCAGCACUUCCUUCCACCGCGGCCGCUGAUUCCAAUACUACACAUGAAGCACCACAAAUAGUGCAACCGAAGAUUCAAGAAACGCACCAGAUUCCUCCGCUGCCACUUCAGUUUAGUGGUAACAAAUCAGGAGCCACUCCUCAGGCAAAUGCCACCUUGUUGAGUAAGAUGUAUAUACAACAUUUUCACAAGAAUCAACUGCAAACUUAUGCACAGAAGAGAAAUCUGCUUCCACCUGUGUACUCUUGUGAGCGGGAAGGUCCACCUCAUAACAGUCGUUUCAAGUGUAGAGUAACUAUUGGUGGACAGACAUUUGAGGGUCAAGAGUUUCUUCCCACACUGAAGGAUGCUGAACAUGCAGCUGCAAAAGCUGCUCUAAUGUCCAUUCUUCCAAAUGGAGUUCAAGAGGAUGAUUCUGGUUUAUUCAAAAACCUUUUACAAGAAUUGAUUCAAAAGGAAGGUUUUUCUAUACCAGUCUAUAGCUCAAGGAUUUCUGGUAAACCUCAUGUGCCAAUUUUUGUUUCGUCAGUGGAGAUAGAAGGAGAAACUUUUAUGGGUCAAGAAGCAAGAAGCAAAAAGCAGGCAGAGUUGAGUGCAGCAAAGGUCGCUUACCAUACCUUGAGAGAGCGUAAAUCAAGUCAGCUACCUUUGGUCCCGUCCUCCGCUCGGAAAGGGCAAGAAGUUUCCAAGAUCUUAUGUUCAAGUUUCCAGUCAAACCCAGCUGCUGAACUACAUCCACAAGCCAGGCCUAACGCACCUGCGAUCUUUUCUCCAAAUACGAAUACUAAAGAGCAGAAAAAUGAGAAAAAUGAAGCAAAACGUCAACGCUUGAUCACUGUAUCUUCAGGACCCUGCACUCCCACGUCAGGUGGGGAAGGUUCUUCCUCUGAUGUUGUACAUGGCCGUGCGCAGGAGACGAACCAUAGAGCUAGCCCUGUGUCUCAAAAUGGCUCCACUAAUUGCGUUAUGGACUCUUCUCUUGAGCCACCAACUAAAAGGAGUGCGUACAACAAGGUCUCUGUUUAUUCACGCAAGUUAAAUAUCGAAUAUCCUGAAGGUACCACUAUGUUGCCCAUGAGCGAUGAAAUGUGGGUUGUUUGCUCACACACAUGAAGGGGGAGGUUCAUAUAGGCUUUACUAAGGACCUGAUUCAACUAUGAGAGACCCAUAUGCUAUGCUUUCAAAGUUAAAGUGCUUAUAAUGUGAAGUUAUGUGCUUAUUAUACGUUGUGUUGCUCUGUGUAUGAACCCUACUCGACACUCUUUUUCUAUAUACAAUAGCCGUUGCCUUUCUUGACUCGUGCAUAAAUGUGCUUUUUGUCUACGAUGCAUUCCUUUUGUGUUAAAAUCGAGUUAUGUUUGUGCUUUGGGUAAAUGUGCUUGCUGUUGAAGUUGCAUUUCCUUUAAACUUUGUGUGAAUGCACCAUAAGAAAAUUGUUUUUGCUUGUCUAAUGAAAACUGGAAAUGAGAUAUUGGAGGAAAUUAAAUUCAUUUUGCUAAGAGAAGCAAAAGAAGUUAAUUUCUUCGUUUGCUUCAUUGAUUUUGUUGAAAUUUGGAUAUAAACUAUACUGCAGCAAAAACUGGAGGUGAGAUAUUGGAGGAAAUUAAACCCGUUUGCUAAGCGGAGUGAAGUGACCUGGAUUAAUUUCCUCCAACUCUCACAUACAGCCUCUCCUGAUGUGCUUGGUUCAGAGCACACACAGUGACUUGCUUAUAGCUGGAAAACUUCCUCCUAAUCUUCAAGAUGGAUAAGUUUUGUGUGAAGAGGCUAAAGUACAACAGUUGUAGUUGACUGCAUACCCAGCACAAAAGCAUGUUCUUCCAUAGUCUCCAUUUCUUUUUUCUGUGUUUUUUUCUUUUCUAAAAAAAUGAAAGCAUAAGAUUUUUUUAUCCUUAAAAAAAUGUACAGAGUUAUGAAGGAAAUGCAACUUCAACAGCAAGCACAUUUAUCCAAAGCACAAACAUAACUCGAUUUUAUACUAAGGAAUGCAUUGUAGACAGAAAAAAGCACAUUUAUGCACAAGUCAAGAAGCACAACAGCUAUUGUAUAUAGAAAAAGAGUGUCGAGAAGGGUUCAUACACGGAGCAACACAACAUAUUGUAAGCACAUAACUUCACAUUUUAAGCACUUAACUUUGAAAGCAUAGCGUAUGGGUCUCUCAUAGUUGAAUCAGGUCCUUAGUAAAGCCUAUAUGAACCUCUCCCUUCUGCUCCUCACAUGGGAGGUGUCAUCUCAAAACCUUCCAACAUGCUUUUUAUAAUGCUCAUGCAGAGUUUUUCUAAUCCCCUUUACGCUGCAUUGUAUGGUCCAUUUCUUCGUAGCUUGACGUUAAUCCGUUGGAUCUUGUAAAACCCUUAUCCAAAUCCCCUAGUGAUUUAUCUCGCUGACUUAGGUGUCAAAAGUUUAUAGCCACUAAUAUACAGUCAAUGUCCUAUGUUAGUGGCUAUAAUGUUCCAUUCCACACUGAUUACAACUCGGUGGCACAAAGAAGGGCACACAUCUAGUGCUUCUUGGGAUUCGUAACUCACAGUUUUGAGAUUGAACUUCUAGUCUUGUUUAACUAGGUUUUUGUUAAAUUACUAUCAAGUUUUAGGGGUCUUCAAUGAAUAUGCCUCGACUUCAUUAAUCCUUUCAUGUGUGCUCGAAAUAUGUGAACGAUAUAAUUGAUAUGUCUUACUUUUAGUGUAUAUUUUCAAUGUAUUUCAACAUAUAUUAUGACA